AUCCUGUAGCAGUAUCUGAUUGAUCAAAACAGUAACUCUGUAUAGUUAUCAGAGUGGCUUUGUAAAUUUUCACCCGGUUUCGAGUGGUUUAUUUUUAAUUCGUGCAAAAAUGAGAAUUUCGCUUGAUGUAGUGUUUAUUUUGGUGACGAUUACUCUGAUUACCGCGCUACCUACCGGCAGUAAGCAGUCCGGUUACAUUUCCAUUCGUAACUCGGGGGAUGUUCUAACAUCGUGUUCCAUCGUUUACAACCUGAACAACAGGAGAUUCGACGAUGAAUCAGGUUUCCUCUCGAAGGGUGAUAAGAAGACGAUUGGACUGCCGGGUGAUGGGGUGCGUGACUUGGAGGUGAAAUGCAGUUAUUUGAAGAGCGGGAGAAACACCAAGAUAUUCAGGCAAUUCGUCAACGAAGAUGAGCCGGUGCCAGUCAAGAUUUGCUACGACCUUUGGGGAGACGCGGCGAACCUUAGGUGGAAACGUAUCGACUGCGCAAUGCACAGUUCGAGUUUUUCUCAGCCUUCGACACCUUUUCUGUCCUCAACCCUACCAGCACCGGUAAACGUUCGAUCGGUCACGGUUUGACGUCUUAAAAAA